AUGAGUAGCAACAACGACCGGUCGAUGCAGCUCGACGAGGGGGUUGAUGAGGCUCGUGACGUUGGCCCUGGCCCUUCGCCCGCCACCGUGUUUGAGGAACACGCACCUGACGAGAGUGUUCCAUGGAACGGGAACACGGCCGAAGACGGCGCCAGCGCGCCGGCGGCCGCGGCCGAGCUGGUGCUCAACCGUGAUGCCGACGAUGGUGCCGACGCCGAUGCUUGGGUGGUGCUUGACCUUGACGACGGCGAGGGUGGACCUGAUCCUCUGGCCUCGCAUGCAGAGGCUUGCCUGGACCCUCCGCUCGCCGAGCCGACGGGCGGCGAGUCGUGGUGGUCUUUUGCCUGGUCUGCUGCUGCUGGCCAGGCCAACGGCGACUCUUUCGCCGGGGCAUCGGCUGAUGCCGGCCCGCCUGGCGUGGAGCCUGAAGCGGCCGAGGGCGGGGACGUGUGCGGCGAAGGCUUGACCGACGAUUGCGCAGCAGCGGCAGGGGGCGUUGUCGUGCUGGCCGAGUGCAUGCCAGCGGCGCCGGAGCCGAUGAUACGCGAAUGCGUGGAGGCGAACCGGGCGAGCGUGACCGAUGAAGUGGUGCGAGCCAACGAGGACGAGGGUGAGCCUACAGCACGGAGCGCUGUGGUAGUUGUUGCCUCGACCACCGAUUUGAACAUACGCCGCCCCGCGGUGGUGGUGGUGCCGGGCAUGCUUCCGCCGCCGGCGCUGACGACGCUCCCCGGAGCGCCGACCGAGAUCGACAAGUUCAUUCUCCGGAUCUGGCAAUCGCUGCGCUGGGUGUGGGACGCCAUUCUAGGCGUGCUAUUCGGCUACUCGGCCGGUGGCGAGUGA